GUGGUGUGAUUCUUGAUCUUGCAUUAACAAUUAGUUGUUUUAAAUAAUAUACAAUUUUUUGGGUUUAAAAUGAACAAUCCAAUUGAAUUAUUUAAUGAAUUGGAAUCAUUUAAUGUGCAUGAUCAGGAAUGUGCUAAGCAGAAGUUCGCAGAGGCAUUCGCUUCAACGAAAGAAUCAUGGAUUGUUAAUGGAAUGAUCGAUUAUUAUGCACAAACAAAUUCAUUUAGAAUAGUUGAAGUUCUUGUUAAAGUUCAGACACCUCACGAUAUUAAUAUCUUCAAUAAGCUGCAAAAAUGUCUUCAGGAAUCGAAUCCAAAGCAAAAAACUGUUGCUUUAACGCUCUUCGCUCAUAUUGUUCGCAAGCAUCCAACUUGGUUGCAUAAAGUAGUUAAUCAUGGAUUCCUGAAAGAUUUAUUAAAGUUCCUUAGAUAUGAACGUGAUGUCAUAACUCUCAUAUCUGGAUUAUUGUGUAUAAUAUCAUUAUUGCCAAUCAUACCGACAUCGAUUAGUUCAUACCUCCCAGAUCUUUUUGAAAUCUUCAAUUAUGUUGCAACGCUUACAUGCCAACAGCUUAAUUUAAGCGAAUGUCACCUGACUUAUCUACAAUAUGGACUUUAUAUGCUUUUCAAUCGAUUGUAUGGAAUGUAUCCAUGCAAUUUUAUUGACUAUAUUAGAAAUGAGUAUAUUUUAAAGACGGAAAAGACUCCAAUUUUCAAUCACACAAUUCGAGGACUGCUAGACACUGUAAAAAUUCACCCAAAUCUAAUAAUAUCAACAAAGAGCUCUGAGACUACAACAUCACGUUUUAAGAAAAUGGAACCUCACGACGUAGUCGUUGAAUGUGCAAAAUAUUCUGUUGAUAAUGAAAAGUCUGUUUCAAAUGGAUCAUCAGCGAGUGGAUUUUUAGACUGUUCCCAUAUGAAACCAUUAGAAUAUACACAUACAGUUGUUGAGCCAUUACCAGCGCUUCCAUCACGUAAUUAUUUGGCUAGUGCCAAGUCUGUUGAGAAUAAAUUUGAGAGUCUUUGGAGUCCAUCAUUCGUUAUUCAAGCAACUCCUCCCCCGACAGCUAAUUUACCUAAUACACCCACUCCAACACCAAAUUUUCUAAUUAAACAAAAUGCACAAGCUUUUAAUGAUGUUGAGGAAUCGACGAAACUCGUCGAGCCAGGAGUUGAAGCAACACCAGAAACGACACCAAUUAAGCCAGAAAUUAGAAAUUCAUUUAAACCAUAUCCAAACUCAUCACAAACUGCACGUAACAUUUGGCCAAAAGCGACAACAUCGUCAGUUACACAAACAACAAGCACGCGAAAUAUAUCAACGCCAUCAUCACCAAUGAGAAAGGAAUUUAAGCCUUUACAAAGUCAAUUACCAUCCUUUGACUUUGCAUCAAAUCAAAAACUUAUGAGAAUUUUAUCAGAUAGAGAACAUAGUGGCGCUGAUAUGAUGAUAUCAAAAGAGGACCAAGAAGUCAAUGAUAUUAAUAGCUUUAAUACCAACAAUAAUAGUGAUUUGGAUGGAAUUAAUGUAGCCUCAAUGAUGGAAUUUGAGGAAUCAGAUACGGAUGAAACUGAUACAACACCACCAUUAUAUCCACAAGUUAAUUAUGUCGGUCGUGUAAAGCGCCUUAGAUUAUAUAGUCAUUGUAUUUGUAGCGCUGGGACAUCUCCUGCUGAUAGCAUUAAUUAUAUGCCGCGUAUUCCAAGAACAUCUCGUAUGAAGAGAUAUAAUUCAUGGCCUAAUCUUAAAUCGGCUGAUGUUAUUAUUAAGUCAUCAAAGCUCAAUAAACAAAAUGAAAGUGAACAUCAAUCGUCAUCGGAUGAAGCUGUAAGUGCUGUAUCUCAUUUUAAAAAGAAGACUAUUCAAAAUGGCGAUACUAAAAUGAGAAAUGGUAGCAUUUUUAAGAAGAUUAAAGAGGAUUUAAAAUCGAAGCCUUUAGAAGUCGUUCAGAAAGCAUCGACAGGAACGCAGACUAUUGAAUAUUGGCCAUCAGCUUACGAAGCUAUGUUUUAUAACAUUUUUGAAAAGGAAAUGAAAAAGAAGCCUGAAAAGGAUGAAAUAAUAACAGUCACGCAAACAACCACGACUAUUACAAAAGCGUCAAUUGAAGCAGGAAGUCAUCAAAGUGGUGGAUUUUUGACAUCUGUAUCAUCGCCGAACGAAAUGAUUGAUCAAUACAUCCAGACAUCAUUAAAAAGAAAAAAUUCAAAUGAUUAUCGCGAUCAAAUUGAACUCUUGGCAAUUCAGCUUCAAUUUGAGAAGCAUAGACGUGAGAUUCAUGCUGAAAGGAACCGACGAUUGUUGGGAAAGAGUCGGCAAAUGCGCGGAUUGGAACAAAAUAAUUUAACACUAACAUCUCAAGUUGCACACUUGACAAACGAAAUUCAAGAAUUGAAUAAGAAAUCAACAGAAACAAAAAGCAUUUAUCAAAUGAAUUUAAAGCAACUUGAAGAUCGAAUUAGUUUCUUGUCUAAGAAAUUUUGUGAGGAAAAUGAAAAGCAGAAACAAAUUCAAAGAGAAAAGGAUGCUCUACAAGUUCUUUUGGAUGACGAAAUAGCUCAGAAGAAGCAAGCUCUUUUAAAAAUUGACAAAUUAUGUGCUGAGAAUUUUGACUUGAAACAUUUGUACGAAGAUGCUAAAACGGAAGCUGAACGUGGCAAGCAAUAUAGAGAUCAGUUAAAGAAACUCGAAUCUGAUCUCAUUAUAUUUAAUGAAGCACGAUUAAAAUGUCAACAGCAGAUGGAAGACUUAAAUGCUAUGAAAGCAAGAGACAUAGAAACAGAUUAUAUUGUUGAGAGCUACACACACGAAUUGCAAGAUAUGAAGCGUAUCUUAGAUUUUAAAUCAUCACAAAUAGAUGGCUUAAAUAGACGCAUUGUCGAUUAUGAACAGCAAAUUCAGAAGAAGGAUACAAAUCUUGCAGAUCAAAAGAGAUUAGUAAAAUCUAUUAAGGACGUCUAUGAAGAAAAAUUCAAGGCCCUGGAAGACAAGUAUGCAACACAGAAGGCAAUCAUCCUGAAAAUGGAAGAAAAUGCAUUGGAAUUAAAUAGAAAUCAACAAGCGAUAGUUUCACCCGAAUCAGAACGAACUGUUGAUCUUUUAGGAUAUACCUCACCAUUGUCUAUUUCGUUAGCAUCAAGCAAUGAGCUUUCUGUGUCUCUGAGAUCUACAACAGAAUUACGAAGUCUUAUUCUUCCAGAGCCUGUUCAACAGCCAAUUCUUCAACGACAGCAGUCUAUUCAUGACGACAUGCCAGUAAGUAGCUCCGGAAUCGCUCACGGAUCAGGACAACCAAUCACUUAUAAAAAGAAAUCUUAAAGAUGUGUAAAUUUAUUAAAAUUAUUAUCCUAUUUUAUCUUUUAUAAUAAACAGUAAUGUUUCUAAAGUUUUCAAGAAAGUUAA